GGGUGUGGGGCUGUGCGGAGCGUUGGGGCGGGUAGUCUCCUGGAGGGUGGGCUGCUUCGUUUUCAGCAGCGGGUAAGGGCGGGGGCGUUUGCCCCACGCUGAGGAUGCCAGCCGGCUCACGGCGGUCUCUCGGUUGUCUCUGUCCGUGCCGGCGGUUGAGCGCCCGCCCGUCCUGAGGCCUGCCGGGCAUCGCCCGCCUGUCCUGAGGCCCGCCGGGCAUCGCCCGCCCGCCCGGCCCGUCCCGUCCCGGCCAUGCUGCGCUACUGGGGCGAGAUCCCGGUGUCGUCGGCGCAGGCCAACCGCGGCUCCUUCGACCUGCUCCCCCGCGACUUCCGCCCGGUGGAGGUGCAGGACCCUCCCCUCCACCAGCCGUCGGCCCGCAGGCCGCGGCCUCCCACCAUGCUGGACGUCCCGUCGGAGCCGUGCAGCCUCACCAUCCACACCAUCCAGCUCAUCCAGCACGGCCGCCGGCUCCGCGGCCUCAUCGCCGCCGCCGCCGCCGCCGCCGCGGACGGCGUCCGAGCCGAGGAGGCCGAGCCCCUCCCGCCCUGCCCCGGCUCCCCUCCCGUCCCGGACGACCUCCUGCCCCUGGACGGCAAGACCCCCAGGCUGCCCUUCCAGCUCCGCCACAGUGACCCCGAGAGUGACUUCUACCGGGGGAAAGGCGAGCCGGUGACGGAGCUGAGCUGGAACUCGUGCCGGCAACUCCUCUACCAGUCGGUGGCCACCGUCCUGGCCCACGCGGGCUUCGAGUUCGCCAACGAGAGCGUCCUGGAGACCCUGACGGACGUGGCCCACGAGUACUGCCUCAAGUUCACCAAGCUGCUGCGCUUCACCGUGGACCGGGAGGCCCGGCUGGGCCAGACCCCCUUCCCCGACGUGAUGGAGCAGGUGUUCCACGAGGUGGGCAUCGGCAGCGUGCUGUCCCUGCAGAAGUUCUGGCAGCACCGCAUCAAGGACUAUCACAGCUACAUGCUGCAGGUGAGCAAGCAGCUGUCGGAGGAGUACGAGAGAAUGGUGAAUCCGGAGAAGGCGUCGGAAGACACCAAGCCCGUGAGGAUCAAGGAGGAGCCCGUCAGCGACAUCAGUUUCCCCAUCAGCGAGGAGCUGGAGGGGGAGCUGGGGCCGGGGGACCAGGCCCUGCCCGGGGCGGUGCUGGCAGCGCAGAACCUGGAGGUGGAAGCCUCCCCGCAGACCUCAGGCGCCGAGGCGAACGCUUCCCCUCUCUGGAACCUGUCCCAGGUGAAGAUGGAGCCCCAGGAGAGCGAGGAGGGCAGCGGGGCCGGGCACGGCGUCCUGGGCGGCGACGUCUUCGAGGAGCCCAUGUCGGGCGUGAGCGAGGCCGCGAUGGCCCAGAGCCCCGACGGCUCCGAAAGCAGCUACGGCUCCCCCUCGGCCGACAGCCUCAUGGGCUCCCCGCCUGCCUUCCCCCAGCGCUGCAAGAAGAAAAUGAGGAAGGUGUAAGGUCGGGGGCCGGGCGGGGGAAGCCCACCGCCCUCGGGGACCGGGCCGGGCUUGUGGGGAUGCAGAGGAGAGGGGCUGGGCACCU